GGAAGUGAAGAAGCUAGCAUCCAAGAUGGUAGCCACCAGGAGAGGAGUACGCGUGUACUCCCCAACUAAAACAAACGCAGACCAGCCCUCUGAAGUCCCGGCCACUCCUUCCGCUGGUCGAAGAACCAGGAGCACUGCUAAACAUGCAGACAGUCCUACCCACCAUGCCCUGGUAGAGGCCAGCAGUCAGCUGGAAAAAAGCAAGGGAGGAGCCCCGGCAUCUCCACCCCCCUCCUCACUGAAAAGAUGCACCAGAGCUUCCAGGCUCCACAGUCCCGAGCAGCCAUGCACACCUGUGGGCUCCACCCACGAAGGAGACGUGUCAGAUGUGGAGUCCUGCUGCUCUGCGGUGUCCAACAUGGAACUACCAAUUACACGCAGCAGCCGGAGGAGGAGACAGCCCCGCACAGUGAGUCAGGAAGAUGAGGAGGUGUCUGAGGUGGAAUCAUGCUCCUCUGCAGUAUCUGCGACGAAAGGUAGCCAAAGUAGCCGCCGGAGCACAAGGAAGAAGACGAUUCCCAAAAGCCAGGAACCAGCUCAUGUUGAGGCAGAAGAUGUCAAGGUCGACUUGGUGCCGGAGACCGAGUCCUGCGGGUCUGUGGUGUCUGAAUCCCAGAGAGUCACCAGAAGUCAGAGAAAAACUACUCGCACUAGAUCAUCUGCCAAACAACAAACCGAGGACUCGGAGCUCUCAGAUGCUGGCAGCUGUUUAUCCAGCGUCUCAGGAGCUACGAGAUCCAGAAGGCAAACGGGUCCCAUCCCCAUCCACCUAGACGAAGUCUCAGAAGGCUCUCAAUCUCCCACCCCAAGAACUCGAAGGACCCGGGCAGCGACAGGGAAGGCCGCAGCUACCGUGGAUGUCAGCGAGACCCCUUCUUGUGACUCUGACGGGUUUGAGUCGGGACCCACGUACAGUAGGAUGACUAGACAGGGAAGGACUCAAUCCACAGGUCCCAAAGCCGUGGACUCUGACUCCGAGCUGACUGACGUGCAUUCUCCGAUGGGCAGCCCCUGCUCCACACGAAGCAAAGGGACUCCCUGCAGCAGCCGCACAGGCUCAGGGAGCAGCGCUCGAGGUACUCGCACCACCAGGCAGUCAGUCAGGGACUGUAGCAUUGUUCUUGAAAAAGCAGAGGAGGAUAUUUCUUUAAAUGAUUCCAGGUUAGAAAGUACAGUGAUCGCUGAGGACGCAGACUGCACACUGCUGGACGAAGAUGAGAAUCAAACAUUGGAAGAAAAAGAGAAAGAAGGUGUGAGUAGUACUGAUCUCACUUCAAAUGAGGCCGACACAGUGACUGUGGAGAAGGGAGUGAUUGUCAUUUCAGAAAUAGACUCACCCCAUGGGUCUCCCCUGGUGUCAGGCACUCCUGGAUGUGCAGAUGAAGCUGUUGCUGAACCUGCAGUGACUGUGAAAUACCAGCAGGAGGAGCCGCAUGCUGAAAAUAAGGACGGGGCCACCUCAGAGAUGGAGAUGAUGCAGGAAACAAUCCCACCAUCAGAGCCGUUACAGCCUUGCCAAUCAGUUACAGUAACAGUAUGUGAGAGUGCCCCUGAAAUCACAGAGGAGACUGAAGAGAAGGAUGAAGUUAUGGAAGUAGAUGCUGUGGACACCCACUCAUCACAGGCAGACGAGGCUGUGGAUGAGGAUGCUGUUGUGGAAACCGGGCCCAGUGAGGAGGAGAAAAUGGAAGCCAGCACAUUGCAUACAGACGCUCAGCAGGUGGUUGACUCCGCUGAGGUUCAAGUUGAGUCCAUUCAGGUGACGUCCAGCCAGCAGCCCAACAUCUCAAUAGAUUCUGCCCCUGAGCAGCAACCAAAAGACAUCAUCAUCCAGAAAACAAAGGUUAUCAGCCUGCUGGAGAGCAGCGAGGAUGAAGAUGAAGAUGUUGAAGUUUCUGGAGAGGAGGAAGAGGAGGAAGAAGAGGAAGAAGAGGAUUUGGAGAACCAGGCAGAGGAGAGAGCAGGACCCUCCCAGAUGUGUGAACCAGCAGCUGCAUCAGUUGAUGGACUGUUUAUGAUUGACACGCGGCCCGGACAGGAAUCUGAUGAGCUGUAUUAUAAGGAGAGGCCAACAGAGGAGGAGGAGAAAGCCUCAAAGGAACAGGAGGAGCAAGACGAGGAGUUUGUGGAUGAGGAGGGGGACGAUGACGAUGACGAAGAGGCAGAAAUCCUCUACUCAAGGAGAGAUCCUCAGUCGAAAGAGUUGUCCAGCCGUAUUGACCCUGGCAUCAGAGUGAAGGAGCUCGGGGGUUUAUACAUCAAUUUUGAUGGCAGCAAAUCAAAACCUGUCUCCAGUUCGCUGCAAAAACUAAAGGAAAAGAGGAUCCAAGAUGAGGUGAUGAAGAAGAGUGUGAUGGGACCAGACUUUGAAAAGAAGGAUGCUGUGCCUCCGUACAGUGAAUCCAAACAAGCCUUAAAGUUAAAACACAGAGCGGAGAGGGCAAAAUCAACAGGAGAUGGUUGGUUCAAUAUGAAAGCCCCCGAGAUCACUCAGGAGCUGAAAGGAGAUCUCCAAGUCCUAAAGAUGAGAGGUUCCAUGGAUCCCAAGAGGUUCUACAAGAAGAACGACAGAGAUGGCUUUCCCAAAUAUUUUCAGGUUGGCACAGUGGUGGACAGCGCAGUUGACUUCUAUCAUUCCCGUAUUCCCAAGAAGGAGAGGAAGAGAACCAUGGUGGAGGAGCUGCUGUCUGAUGCUGAGUUCAGACAGAAAAACAAAAAGAAGUUCCAGCACAUAGUGGCAGAGAAGGCAGCACAAGGAGCUGGCAAGAGGAACAAGAAAAAGAAUAAAUUCCAUAAGAAGUAAAUCUGAAGACUUCAUGUGAUGAGCACUGACUGAGUGGCUUUUCAUAGAUACUGAUAUUAUAGACUGCUGGACUUGGAUUCUUGAAUCAUAUCAAAAAUAGUCAUGUUUUGUACAGUUACCAGGGACGUGUACCUGCUCACACUGACAAGAAGUGUCUUUUUAACCUUCCAAAGAUUUUGCUGCACAGUAAUCAGUCUUUUUAAAUAUACAUGAAUCAGAUUAAUGUAACAGUACUUUUGACUGGCACCGAUGUCUGUAAAGCAUCUUGUAAAUUAAACUCAUCACAUCCUUAAA